AUGGCACACGCGGGUAAUGCCACGUCAGCCUCUGACGGCAGCAACUGGGCUGCGCUUCUGCUGGCCGCAGGAUCUGGCGCCGUGGUGGCGGCAGCCGCGUCGUACUACUUCCAUUCGCAGGCGCUCGCGAAGUUCGCCGAGCAGGAUGGCAAGCUGAAGCCGCAGAAGAUGCGCAAGGUGACGACCGCCCCUGCGCGCCGAGCUGCGCCCACCCCGGGCGUGCCGCUGCGCCCGCAGCAGCGGAGUCACCGAAACUCCCAGUCGAACGCCGCCAAUCCCUACGCCUUCGACCCGCUCGCGGGCAGUUUCAGUCCGGGCAGUCUGCCCGGGAAACUUGCGUCCUCGCUGGACCGGCAGGACAUGCAGGCUCUCAGCGCCGCGCGGCUGGCGGCGGCGAACGCGUCGGCGGCAGUGGCGUCGGGGCUGCGAGAAGCGCGCGGGAGGGGCUAG